UUUACGCAGCAGUUGAAGAUGGACAAGUUUAAGACUGUUCUGAACAUUGCAGGCAAACAGACCAACCUUGGUUUUGGCCUGAUAGCUCUGUUGACAGCGGGAGGAGAGCAGAUAUUCUCUGCAGUGGUAUUUAAGUGUCCCUGCAACGAGCUGAACUUUGUCUAUGGGAUAGUGUUCCUGCUGGUGCCAGCUCUGGCUCUGCUGCUGCUGGGUUACAUCCUCAGUAAGAAAACGUGGAAGCUGCUGACGGGUCUGUGCCGGCGUACGGACAAGCUUUUGUGCUGCAAGAAGCUGGUUGCCGCUGGUGUGGUCCUCUGUCAGAUCGGCACCUUUGCGCUUGUUGCGCCUUCUACUUGGAUAGCUGUAGCUUUACUCAAUGGAAACUACUACGAGUGCGCCAUGACAGGUACCAAUGUGAGCAUUUACAACAAACACGUGUGCAGAGAUAGGAACUCUGAGAUCCAGUGUGAGAAGGAGCUUCACCGGUUCCCGUGUGGGAAAAGCAUUAGUGUACCUCAGGCUGCGAGAGAAGAUGUUCUGCUUAAUCUCCGAGCUGAGUCUCAGAUUCUCGGUUGGAUGCUCAUCACUCUCAUCAUGUUGACAAACCUGGUGCUCACCUGUGUGGCUCGGUGCUCCUCCCCUAUUAGCUACCUGCAGCUGCAGUUCUGGAAGGCGUAUGUGCAUGAGGAGAGCAAUCUACUUGAUUCCUAUACGGCUAAGCACGCCAAAGCGUUUGCUGAGAGAAACCUAAAGACCUUCUUUGAAAAGACACCACCUGAAAAUGUCAUCACACCAUCCAACCGAGACUGGGAGAAGAUCUCCUCUCUCUACAAGUUCACCUCCAAAGAUACCUACUACAGCACUUUGCACCGAUAUGUGGAGAACUGCCAGGAGACUGACAACGGGACGAUGAGGAUGAGUUCAGUCAAGUCAAACGAGUCUGUAGAAGAUAACCCAGCUGUUCUUAGUUUUGUAGAUGAUGGGAGAAUGCCACUGUGAGUCACAGACUACCCACAUUAAACUGUAAAAGGUGUGAAGUAGAGAAGCUCUAGAAAUGCUCUUAACUUCGUAAUUUUGAAGAAUAAAUGAAAUAUGCAUGAAAUAAUCAUUUGUAUGCUUAAUAUUGUAGUUGCAUAAAGUGGGACAGUGAAGGAUAGUGUGCAGCAACUUUUUAUUAUUUUGUAUUUCCUUUGUCAUGUCAGUCUUUAGUUUUUAAUUCCAUGUUCUGUUUGCAGACUCAGGAGAAUCUGUCUGAUCCUCCCGAGUCUUUCAUCCUGUGUGAAGUUUGUGUGUCUGCAUUUACCCCACUGCGUUCCCACAGUACCUCCUAUAUUCUGUUAAUAACCUCUUUGCUUUGACCGUCCUGCAGAAGUUUAAAGAAGAGAAAAAGCAGAUGAACUCUACUCUAACACUUUGUAUCACUGUAAACAUAAAAGGACGGCUGCAAGAAAUUUAUGUCCUAACUUAGGUAGUAACCAGAAACGUGUUUUUUCCCUAGGCUGCAAUCUUCCAUGCCGUUCGAGUUGUUGUGGUAUGCAUCGAGCAGAUGUGUAGUUAAAUUUCUCAGGAAGUGUACAUCAGGUUAUGUAGAAGGUUGCAACGCAGAGCUAAAUGGGGUUCUGGUGCAUAGUUACCCAUAUGGAAAAGAAAUAGAAAAAACUUAUAAAAGACUUGCAUCAGAUGUGGCCUACUUCAAAUAGUGAAUCAUAGAAGGCUUAUGUGAUCUACUCAUGAAAGUGGCCACUUUCAUUUAUUGUUUUAGUAUCCAAAACAUACAAGUUUCAUUUAUAUAAUUUUUCAAGUUUUCACUCUUGUAUGCUUUUCAUACAAGAUUCACACACGACACAUACAAACUUUAGAAGAUUUAUAGAUCUUUUCCAUGUGGGUAUUCAAGUACAACAUGCAGUGAAAUGUGACGUUAUGAUGUAGAUCUGAUGCAGGAGUUGAAUCAAUGUGUUACGCUUGUCUCUCCUUAACAACGUGACAUCAGAUCUCCGUCACAUUAAAACUACAACUGCACUGUGGCCAUGAAACAUUCAUCUUUCAUGGCCACAGUGUGUUCUGGCACCGUUGUUUUAUAGAAGUCGUAUGAACGAGAACAGGCAAAGGUUUCCUUUGCACUGAUUAUUUUGUUGAGAAAUGUGGGAUUAAAAGUUUACCUCUGAUUACAACGGCGAGAGUAAAAGGUCUUAACAUCCAGCCUCUUAAGGUUACAGUGACACAACGUGUUUGAACACAGUUUCUCUAUAUGUGCUUUUACUAAUAGUAAAUCAGCUUUAUUCUUAAUCAAAGAUAUAAUCAAAGUAAGUCUAAUUAAUAUGAUGGAUGAGAAAUGCAGUUUGAGUAAUUAAUAUCUGACCUUUUCCUGUGAUGGGUUUGUGUUGUAUGUGCUUCUGUGGUGGGGUUCGUUGUACCAGUGAGAAUCUGAGGGCUGUAGUGCUUGGUCAGAACAAUAAACAAAUAUUCAGAGACAGUAUUUUAAUAUAUGAUUUAAUAAAAGAAAUUAAGCUGAGUAUAUUAUGACUGAAAAAAGAAGUUUUGAAGACAAAAAGUGAGUGAAAAUGUAACUGAAGUAAAACAGUAUUAACUGAGUGAAACAUGAAGAAUUCAUUUGUGACUGAAUGUUCAUAUGUGAUGGAAUUAACAAUAAAAGAUGUUAAGUACAACACAGAAGAGAA